AUGACAUCCGAAAGUUUCCCACUGUCCAGCAGCAUUUUAUCCAGCUUAUCUGAGGAUGAGAUUCAUCUAGCUAUGAAUCAUUACGAUUUUUACAUGACAAAGCCUACCAUAAUUGAUAGAUCUUUCGGCGAGAGUCUCCCCAUCAACAGGUUUAAUAAAGUUCCUGUUAUAAGAAUCUAUGGGUGUCUGCCAUCCGGUCACCAAGUAUUAUGUCACAUCCAUGGAAUCUUCCCAUAUAUAUUUCUGGAGUAUGAUGGGUUAAAUUCAGAUACUUCAUCAGUUAUGAAUCAAAAAUGUGCUCAACUACAUAUUAAGUUAGAAAAUGGGGUAAUCCAACAUUAUUCCAAAGAUAAUCGGUCAAGUAAUGCAAACACAAUUACUGGGAACCUCAAUCAUAUUGCAAACGUCUCGAUCGUUAAAGGUGUUCCAUUUUAUGGAUUUCAUGUAGGAUGGUCGGCAUUUUAUAAGAUAACCUUGCUGAACCCAUCUCAAGUUAACAAGAUAUCAGAUUUACUGAGGGAUGGAAGUUUGCUUUCUAAGAAAGUUCGAACAUUUGAGUCACAUAUUCCAUAUCUCUUACAAUUUUCUGCAGAUUUUAAUCUGUUUGGCUGUGAGUGGAUCAAUGCUGAACGAUGCUAUUUCAGAGAACCUGUUUUGAAUACUAUUUUAGAUACUAAUAACUUAAUGAUGACAUUUGAAUUAAAAACUUUCCUAAGUACGUUUUGUAAAACUGAGCACUGCAUAUUAAAUAAAAAUGAAUUUCCACGAGUUGGAAAUGGGCUAUUAGAAAUAGACAUACUUCCACAAUUUAUUACUAAUAUCGAUAAAUUAGAGCAUAGAGAUACACCUAGCAAUUUUCCUCAGUCUGGUGAAGAUACGCUGGCCUCAAUAAUUAAAUAUCAUGUAUCUUCAACGAAGCGUAUGGUAGAUGAUCUAAAUUCUCAGAGAAGUCUAUUCUCCUUGGACACCUAUGAGAAACCUAGUACUAUUGAAAGAACUAAGAUCAUUAAACAAACAUGGCAGUCUGCAGAAGAUUACACAAAUUUUUUUAAUAAAGCAAAGAAUAACAUGAAAUUACAUUCAUAUACUCCUAAAUUUUCAAAUUUUAUUAAAAAUGAUCCUAGAUUUGAAAGCAUUUCUGACAUAUAUAAGGCCAUUAAAGAGUUGUGGCCAAUUAUUCCGAAAUAUUUGGUUUCUCAGGAGGGUAUUGUUAUAUCUGAACAACUACAAGAUACAUCUUUUGAAGAUUACAGUAUUGUUAAUAAUAUUGAGAGUGGUGAUGAAGAAUCAGAGGAAAUAAAUGAUAAUGGGGUAAAUAACAAGUCGAAAUCCGAUGAUGUUCAGAUGGUAAUAAAUGAAAAGAAUAUGAGAAAUGACCAAUCACAAGAAACUUUGGCUAUUGAACAAUCAAAUUCUUCAUGGAGGGAUAAAAUAUCUCAGUCAAUGGAUUUUGUUCUUACCCAAAAUAUGGCUAAAAGAAGGAAAGUUCUAAGUCAAAACAUAUCUCAAAAAAUGUUCCCAAGAUCUGAAUUGAAAAAGGGUAAAAAUGGAAUUAGAUUUGGGAAGAAUGCAUAUAGAUACAAGAUGCCCCAUUUUCAAGGUUUAGAGAUUGUUGAUGAUUUGAAAGCGACUGGGUUUCCUAUUAUCGAUUAUAAGAACCUCUAUUUUGGAAAUCCUAGGGAUUUAGAUACAAAACCAUAUGUAUAUGCUGGAAAACGAUUUGAUAUAAAUUCUACUCAUUUAAUAGAUCGUGUUCCCUUGACAUUUGAAGACAAUCCUGUAAUCCUUGAUGAUAUAUCCAGUAAAAAUUACUUUGAAACUUGGAGGUAUAAUAAAAAACCACCAACAUUUUGCUCAGUUAAAUCUGAGACAAAUAAAACACAUAUUUUGAACAUUGAGAAACCUCAGAUUGCAAAUGUUAGCCGGUCUAAUAAAUUCGUGUAUAAAUUUAAAAGUUGCUCUCCAAAUUCCAAACCAAUGACCAAAAAAAUGAUUCAACAAACGCUGACACAUUUUAGUCUGGAAAUACAUGUUAAUACAAGGGAAGAUUUUAAGCCUGACCCAAUAUUAGAUGCAGUAUCUGCUAUAUUUUGGAAAUUAGACGAUAAAACAUAUCCAUUUGACUUUAACAUUGAAACCGAAGGUAUUAUGAUAGUAAAUCCAAAUAUUGACAACCCAAAGUAUUCUCAACGAUUCACAGAUGCAGCAGGACAAAUCCCAAUCAUGAUUUACGAAUCUGAAUUUGAUAUGUUAGAUGCUUUAACUGAUUUAAUUAUCCUUUUCGAUCCGGACAUUUUAUCUGGUUUCGAAGUAAAUCUUUCAUCUUGGGGUUACCUUAUACUACGAAGUAGUAGAAUUCACAAAUUCAAUUUAACGGAUGAAUUAUCUAGGGUUACAUUCAAAUGGAAAAAUAAUAAAUUUGAAACAAAUUCACGUCUAUACACACACUCGUCUGGAACUACAGUCACUGGGAGGUAUGUUUUAAAUGUAUGGAGAAUCAUUCGUGCAAAUGUUGCUUUAACUCAGUACACAAUCGAGAAUUUAGCUUUCACACUAUUGCAUGAAAGAAUCCCUCAUUUUUCAUAUUCUGACCUUACCGAUAUGUGGAAUAAUAUGAGUAGUAUAACAUAUCUGAAGUCUUUAUUUCAUUACUGGAUGACUAGAGUUCGGAUAAAUAUAGAACUGUUAAAAAAACAAGAUUUUAUUGAUAAAACGAUUGAACAGGCAAAAUUAAUUGGGAUCGAUUUUCAUUCAGUAUACUUCCGUGGGUCUCAAUAUAAGGUGGAAUCAUUUCUUAUUCGUCUAUGUAAAACUGAAGGUUAUGUUCUGUUAUCACCGUCAAAGAAAGAUGUACAGGAUCAGAAAGCAUUGGAAUGUGUCCCAUUAGUCAUGGAGCCAGAAUCCGCCUUUUACAAAAGUCCAAUGGUUAUUCUGGACUUUCAAUCUCUAUACCCAUCUAUUAUGAUGGCAUAUAAUUAUUGUUAUUCAACAAUGUUAGGAAGAGUGAGAGAAUUAAAAGAAAAGAACAACAUAGUUGGAGUUGAUAAUUUCCCAUUGCAAAAAGGCUUACUUACGUUACUGGGAGAAAAUAUUACUAUUGCACCCAAUGGAAUGGUCUACGUUAAACCUUCUAUUAGGAAGUCUACCCUUUCAGUAAUGUUGAAAGAGAUCCUAGAUAUAAGAGUUAUGGUCAAAAAAACAAUUUCAGAGUUAGGACCACGUAAUGAAGCACUUAAGAAGUUAUUGUCGAACAAACAAUUGGCAUUAAAAUUGUUAGCUAAUGUCACAUAUGGCUAUACGUCUGCAUCAUUUUCAGGAAGAAUGCCUUGCUCUGACUUAGCGGACAGUGUUGUCCAGACAGGUAGAGAGACACUUGAAAGAGCUAUUUCAAUGAUUGAAUCUAACGAUAGAUGGACAGCUAAGGUAGUAUAUGGAGAUACAGAUAGUCUAUUCAUAUAUCUCCCAGGGAGAUCUAAAAAGGACGCAUUUGAUAUCGGCCAAGAAAUUAGCAUAGCUAUAACCAAAGCUAACCCGGAUCCUAUAUUUUUGAAAUUGGAAAAGGUUUAUUUUCCCUCGAUUUUGGUAAGUAAAAAACGAUAUGUCGGUUAUUCAUUCGAAAAUCUGGACCAAAAGGUACCUAUAUUAGACUCAAAGGGUAUAGAAACUGUGCGAAGAGAUGGUCAUCCAGCGCAACAGCAAAUUGUUGAACAAACAUUAAGGAUUCUAUUUGAAACUAAGGAUUUGUCAAAAGUGAAGCAUUAUGUCCAGGGACAAUUCUCAAAAAUAUAUCAGGGAAAUGUUUCCAUACAAGAUUUUUGUUUUGCCAAGGAAGUAAAACUAGGGAGAUAUAAAAGUGAAAGCACAGCGCCUGCAGGUGCUGUAGUAGCUAAACGAAAAAUGGAAAAGGAUAAACGAUCUGAACCGCAAUACAAAGAAAGAGUGCCAUACCUAGUUGUGCGAAGUAAACUUGGAGAAACAUUACGUAAUAGAAGUAUUUCCCCUGAGGAAUUUAUGGCAGAUGAAUCGUUAGAGCUUGACUCCGAUUAUUAUAUUAUUAAAACAUUGAUCCCACCAUUAUCUAGAUUAUUGAACAUUACAGGAAUAAAUGUUUCAGAUUGGGUUACAAACUUAAAACGUACUAGGAAAGGUUUGAACGAUAGUAAGGAUAAACGAGUUAAGGUUUUAGGUGAAUCGAUAUUAUGUUGCAAUUGUAAAAAAAAUCAUAUAUUUGAACGAUCUUCUUCAUUAUGUCAAGAAUGCAUGAUGGAUGAAAGGAAAACUGCUGUUAGUUUAUUAAUGAAUAAGGCUGUCUGUGAGACACGGUACGAAGAUUUAAGUCUUGUGUGUCGUACAUGCAGUUAUAUGUAUACACAUGAUGCUGGUUUGAUUGGUAAUGAUAUUGCUUCGAGAUGUGAUUCAUACGACUGCCCUAUAUAUUAUUCUAGAAUGAAGAACAAAAAAAAUCUUCAAAGUAGUGAUGCCACUAAAAGUAACAUGGCCUUGAAAUAUCUAGAUAAGUGGUGA